AUGGAAUGGGAAAAUCAAACCAUUCUGGUGGAAUUCUUUUUAAAGGGACUUUCUGGCUACCCAACGCUUGAGCUGCUAUUUUUUGUCCUAAUCUUACUAAUGUAUGUUGUCAUCCUUCUGGGCAAUGGCACCCUUAUUGUAAUCAGCAUCUGGGAUGCCCACCUUUACACCCCUAUGUACUUCUUCCUGGGGAACCUCUCCUUCUUGGACAUCUGCUACACCACCACCUCCAUUCCCUCCACACUGGUGAGCUUCCUCUCAGAAAGAAAGACCAUCUCCUUCUCUGGCUGUGCAGUGCAGAUGUUCCUUGGCUUGGCCAUGGGGACAACAGAGUGUGUGCUCCUGGGCAUGAUGGCCUUUGACCGGUAUGUGGCUAUCUGCAACCCUCUAAGAUAUCCUGUCAUCAUGAGCAAGGAUUCCUACGUGCCCAUGGCAGCUGGGUCCUGGAUCAUAGGAGUCAUCAACUCUGCAGUACAAACUGCAUUUGUAGUACAAUUGCCUUUCUGUAGGAAUAACGUCAUCAAUCAUUUCUCCUGUGAAAUUCUGGCUGUCAUGAAACUAGCCUGUGCUGACAUCUCAGGCAACGAGUUCAUCAUGCUUGUGGCCACAACACUGUUUAUAUUGACACCACUGUUAUUAAUCAUUAUCUCUUACACAUUAAUCCUUGUCAGCAUCCUCAAAAUUAGCUCUUCUGAGGGGAGAAGCAAAGCCUUCUCCACCUGCUCCGCCCAUCUGACUGUGGUGAUAAUAUUCUAUGGAACCAUUCUCUUCAUGUACAUGAAGCCCAAGUCUAAAGACACACUUAAUUCAGAGGACUUGGAUGCUACUGACAAACUGAUAUCCCUGUUCUAUGGGGUUAUUACUCCUAUGAUGAAUCCUUUAAUCUACAGUCUUAGGAACAAAGAUGUUAAGGAGGCAGUAAAACACUUACUGAGAAGAAGUGUGUUUAAAAAGUAA